CCGUGUCCGCUGAGUUGAAACGAUUCUCAGGGACGGAGCCGCAAAGGAGGAGGGAAAGACUCCCGCAUCAUCGCGCCCGCUCUUUCCCUCACCAGCACCGAGAGCCGUUGCGUUUCAGCUGUGGUCAGUUUUAACAUGUGUCCACCCUGUAUGAUGCCCGCUGUUUUGUGAACAGUGCGCGUUUGGUGGAUGUGGUCGCGUGGAUAAGCAGAAGACGAUGAUUUUGUCGGGUCUCCUUUUACCCGCGUUAUGGGGACUGGCGCUCGGCGGAUCUCCAAGCGUCCAAAUCGGUGGCCUGUUCCCUAGAGGAGCAGAUCAAGAGUACAGCGCGUUUCGGAUCGGAAUGGUCCAGUUCGGCACGGCAGAAUUCCGCCUCACUCCGCACAUUGAUAACCUGGAGGUGGCAAACAGCUUCGCCAUAACCAAUUGCUUUUGCUCCCAGUUUUCCAGAGGAGUGUACGCUAUCUUUGGCUUCUACGAUAAGAAGUCGGUGAACACAAUCACGUCAUUCUGCGAGACGCUGCACGUGUCCUUCAUCACACCCAGUUUUCCAGCAGAUGGCCUCAACCAGUUUGUCCUGCAGAUGAGGCCUGAUAUUAAAGGGCCCCUCAUCAGCCUGGUGGAGUAUUACAAGUGGGAGAAGUUUGCCUAUCUGUAUGACAGCGACAGAGGUCUGUCGACCCUGCAGGCGGUGCUGGACACAGCAGCAGAGAGGAAAUGGCAGGUAACAGCCAUAAACGUUGGAAACCUGAAGGAUGAGUGGAAAGACGAGGCAUAUCGCUCACUCUUUCAGGACCUGGAGAACAAGAACGAGAGGAGAGUCAUCCUCGACUGUGAACAGGACAAGGUCAAGGACAUUAUGGAGCAGGUGAUUACCAUCGGUCGACAUGUGAAAGGAUAUCAUUACAUCAUUGCAAAUUUUGGCUUUGUGGAUGGAGAUUUAUCCAAGAUUCAGUAUGGAGGAGCGAAUGUGUCUGGAUUUCAGAUUGUGGAUUUUGAUGACCCGCUUGUUGCUAAAUUUGACCAGCGCUGGGAGGCUCUGGAGGAAAAGGAGUAUCCUGGAGCGGACAGCAGAAUUAGGUACACCUCCGCUCUCACAUAUGAUGCUGUGCAAGUGAUGACAGAGGCGUUUCGCUUUCUGCAUAAACAAAGGAUUGACAUCAGUCGCCGUGGCAACAACGGAGACUGCCUGGCCAAUCCUGCGGUGCCGUGGGCUCAGGGGGUGGAGAUUGAACGUGCUCUUAAACAGGUGCGUGUGGAUGGAUUGACUGGAAAUAUUCAGUUUGAUCAGUAUGGCAGAAGAGUGAAUUACACAGUCAAUGUCAUGGAGCUGAAAAACAGCGGCCCUGUGAAGAUUGGCUACUGGAAUGAGAUGGACAAAAUGGCAGUGACAAAGUCUGACCUUUUCCCCAAUGACACCAUGGGAAUGGAAAAUAAAACGGUUAUUGUGACGACAAUCCUGGAGGCACCGUAUGUGAUGCUGAAAAAGAAUGCAGAGUUAUUCACUGAUAAUGAACGUUAUGAGGGAUACUGUGUGGAUUUGGCUGCUGAGAUUGCAAAGCAUUGCGGAUUUAAGUAUCAGCUGAGGAUUGUCGCUGAUGGAAAGUAUGGCGCUCGAGAUGCUGAGACCAAGAUCUGGAAUGGCAUGGUUGGAGAACUGGUGUACGGGAAAGCAGACAUAGCAGUCGCUCCUCUCACCAUCACUCUUGUCAGAGAGGAAGUGAUAGACUUCUCGAAACCAUUCAUGAGUCUGGGCAUAUCCAUUAUGAUCAAGAAACCACAGAAAUCCAAGCCGGGCGUCUUCUCUUUCCUGGAUCCACUGGCUUAUGAGAUCUGGAUGUGCAUUGUGUUUGCCUACAUCGGAGUUAGCGUUGUGCUCUUCCUCGUUAGCCGCUUCAGCCCUUACGAGUGGCACACUGAGGAGUUUGAGGAUGGGCAGCUGGGCCCAAGCGAAUCUACCAACGAAUUUGGCAUCUUUAAUAGUCUGUGGUUUUCUCUGGGCGCUUUUAUGCAGCAGGGAUGCGAUAUUUCACCAAGGUCUUUGUCUGGCCGUAUAGUUGGUGGUGUGUGGUGGUUUUUCACCCUCAUCAUCAUUUCUUCCUACACGGCUAACCUGGCUGCCUUCCUCACUGUGGAGAGAAUGGUGUCCCCUAUCGAAAGUGCUGAAGACCUGGCCAAACAGACGGAGAUUGCCUAUGGGACACUGGAUGCUGGUUCCACCAAAGAGUUCUUUAGGAGAUCUAAGAUUGCUCUCUUUGACAAGAUGUGGCAGUACAUGAAGAGCGCAGAGCCUUCGGUGUUUGUUAAAAACACAGUGGAAGGCGUCUUGCGUGUCCGGAAAUCCAAAGGCAAAUACGCUUAUCUUCUGGAGUCCACCAUGAAUGAAUACAUCGAGCAGCGCAAGCCCUGCGACACCAUGAAGGUCGGAGGGAACCUUGACUCUAAAGGCUACGGCAUCGCCACACCCAAGGGAUCUGCUUUAAGAACGCCAGUAAACCUUGCAGUAUUGAAACUCAGUGAGCAAGGCAUCUUAGACAAGCUGAAAAACAAAUGGUGGUACGAUAAGGGAGAAUGUGGAGCCAAGGACUCUGGAAGUAAGGAGAAGACUAGCGCCCUCAGCCUGAGUAACGUUGCGGGUGUCUUCUACAUCCUGGUUGGCGGCCUCGGGUUGGCCAUGCUGGUCGCUCUGGUGGAGUUCUGCUACAAGUCGCGCGCGGAGGCCAAACGCAUGAAGAUGACGUUCACAGAUGCUAUGCGCAGUAAGGCCAGGUUGUCUAUAACGGGCAGUACAGGGGAGAACGGGCGAGUGCUGACUCCAGACUUCUCUAAAGCCGUCCAUGCUGUGCCGUACCUGAGACCUGGCAUGGCAAUGCCUCUGAGUGUGAGCGAGCUGUCCUGAGUGCCUUACACACACAUACACACAAACACUGGUGCAAGCAUGCUGUACCCCCACUUUCAUACGUGUACAUAUUCUUACACACACAGACACACUAUAAAUAAAUAUAUAUAUAUAUAUAUAUAUAUACAUAAUAAUAGUUAACUAUUCCAUAUUCAAUGAAUCACAACAUCUAUACACAGGAUGUCAGAUCCAUUUAAACACACUUUAUCACGUUUACUGUUCAGUGCAAUCAUAUUUUGGCCAGCGUGUCACGUGUACAUUUGCAAAAACAGACGUAAAAAAGGUAUACAGGCACAUGGCCGCGUGUGCAUAUGCAGACAACUUCAACUUUGUGUAGCUACACAUCUAUAAAGUUGUGUAUUUUUGCAUUUCCAAGUUCUCGUUUCGAAUACGCACACAUAUUAUGACCUCAUGUAUUCGCUCGCAUAAUCACUUGGCUCCAGUUUUCAUCGAUUUCUUUUCACAUUGUAAGUGACGACAUCGCAAUGCUGCACUGAGGAACAAUGUUAAAUCCUUCCUACUGGAAAAACACAACUCCACUCCUGUUUGCAUUGCAAAGUGUUUUUGGAUUCUCAAGAACUCAAGCACACAAAUCAUCUGCGUCAAAUGUGAUUUUGUUUACUUGGUCUACAUGAUAAAUAUAUUAAAUCAAAUGUUUGACUAGAAUCGUUUCUUAUUAUAUGAGAUCUGUAUGAUAAAUGAUGUAUAUAAUUACACUUUUGUUCAUUUGAUGUUAAUGUUACCAUGCAAAUGCUAAAUGAUUGAGAAAAAAACUAAAUGAUUUAAGUAGUUUUGUUUCUUCUCCUCACUGGUUUGUUUUGUUGUGAUGUUUAUUUAUUUAUUUAUUUAUUUUUUGGAUCACUGUGUUCCGUUUUUCUGGCCUAUGGACAAUGCAAGCAGUAGUUUUAUAAUUCUGUCUUUUAAUUAAAAAAAGAAACUAAAAAAAAAGAAAGAAUAUUUUACCUUCUGCAUUUCACCAUUUAGAUGGUAUGGAUCUGUAUAUGAAUAAAUGAACUUCUAUAUAUAUAUAUCGAUAUCUCAAAAUGCCAAAUAUUGAUGUGUGCCAAAAUAUGUCAAGGCAUUUCAGAUGCUUUUAUCAGUUUUGUCUCUGUACGGGGAAAUGUAAAGACUGAAAAUUAGCACCCUAUACUCGAGGGUUUGUUAUUUAUGUCAUCUUUGGCUCUCUAUGUUUUGUUUUGUUUAGGUUUUCAUAUUAAAUGCAUUGUACUUUUAAUAAGGUGCACUACGAUAUGCAGUUUUAACUGUGAAAAGCAUGACGACCUUUAGUUAUGUUUGUUUUUAUAAAAGCGAUGAUUAUGUAUAUCACUUAUAUUAGUUAAGUAGGGGUUUUCUUUGACGUAGUCAUGACCUGAAGACUAAGAGAUGGAGAUGAUUAUUACAGAUAGUUAUAUUGAAAAUUAUAUUGAUAAAGUAUAAGCCGAUCACCCUUUUCUAUGCCAUGCUGUGUAACUGAAAUCUUGUUCAUUAGUUUUAUAUGUAUAUGUACUGUACAUGUAAAUAGAAUCCAUUCAUGUGUAUAACUUAAAAUCUUGGAUGAUACACGAUUACACAAAGACGCACAUUAGAGGAUUGCUCAUUUUGUGCUUUUUUUGGGAGAAUGUUUGGGAACGUCUGAGUGAAGUACCAAGCUGUCUCUCAUUUCCAGACACUAAUGGACUGGUCAUCACUAGCAUCAUUUCAGCUGGAGGGUUUGCCAUGGGAUGAAAAAAAAGGAGGACAUUUUUCUAAAUGGAAUGUGGACCGAUUGCUUUAUUUUUUGGAAUAUUUUGAAAUAAACAGAGACUGAGAAUCCUCUGA